UUUGAAUGUAGAGCAUAUUCAGAACAAUUUUCCUAAGAGCUCUUAGUUACUAUUGUCGACAGUCAUCAUGUCUUCUUCUGUAUUUCUCAUUGGUCCGGGCUUCAUCGGAGGAGAGAUUCUGGACCUGCUCUUGAAGGAGAACUACUCUGUUACAACUCUUGUCCGUCGGGAAUCGGCUGCUGCGGACUUUGCCAAACUGGGAGUCCAGACUGUACGAGGGACCUUGGAUGACAAGGAUGUGAUUAUCUCUCAAGUUGGUCAAAGCGAUAUUAUCAUCCAUACAGCGACUGCUGAUCACCUGCCCUCCGUGGAAGCUGUCCUAGAAGGCAUUCGGCAACGCGCAGCCAACGCGCUGCAGACCAUUUUCAUCCAUACUAGCGGUGCUAGUUUGCUCGCGGAUAACUCUGCGGGUGCCUACAAAAGCCAAACGGUCUUUGACGAUGAGAAUCCAGCUCAGAUUGACGCUCUUCCCGAUAGUGCACCCCACCGGAAGAUUGAUCUGGCUAUUGUGCGCGCACGCAAUGAAUUGGCAGCAUACGCCAAGCUUGCCAUUAUGAUUCCUCCUCUCAUCUACGGCAUUAGUACUCGAGAAAAACGAACCUCAAUUCAAUUACCGACGAUCGUUCGCUACUCUCUCAAACACGGCUAUGCAGGCCAGAUUGGUGCUGGUCGGUCUGUCUGGAAUCAAGUCCAUGUGAAAGACCUUGCGCGUGGCUACAUAACCUUGCUUCAUUGGCUGGAGUCAAGGCCGUCUUCGGAAGUGGUCCAAAAUCCCUACUUUUUCUGUGAAAAUGGACAGGAACUUUCUUGGGGCGAGUGCUCUGCGGAGAUCGGUCGCAUCUUGCAGAAGGAUGGUCGGAUCAAGGAUUCUACCCCCAGGACUAUUCCGCCAGAAAACUAUGCCGAUAUUUUCGGUGACUACUCUGAAAUAGUUGAAGGAUCAAAUGCUAGACACCGGGCAAAUCGUCUUCGCAAAUUGGGCUGGGCGCCAUCGGAGAAACAGACCUUCGCAUCUUUGGAGGAAGAUGAGAUUCCACUCAUUCUGACAGAAAAAGAAGAGUUCAAGGGCUACUCAAAGCCUGUUGCUUCUUGAGUUAUAACAUGGUGUUUGCUUCCCACAUUGAUGAAAAAAUGUUGAUCAAUGUAACCCUGGUUGUUUUGAACAUCAUCAUUCCCUGUCUAAGACCUACAUUGAAUGUCAGGUAAUUUUUGGAAGCGAUUAUUCAGUGAAUGUAAGCUUCACCUUCAAAACACGGUGAUCGAUCAACCAG